UGUCGCUACUGCGUUGCGUCACUUCAGUGGCGACGAGGAUGGGAUCGAGGCCGCCGGAGUUUGACGAGACAGCAAGCAGUUGGGAUGCCUACCGCGUGCGUCUCGAGGCAUACUUCGAAGGCAACGAUAUCACGGAUUCUUCGAAGCGUCGAGCACUUUUGGUAGCAUCGCUCAGUGACAGCGUGGUUCGAGUCCUGCAGGGACGAUGUCCGUCGACGCCCGUCAACAGCCUAACGUACGAAGAUGUGGUAAAGGUGUUAGAAGAACACUACAGCCCGCAAGUAAACGAGACUGCGGCAAGUCACGCAUUUUUUGUGCGGAGGCAAGGAGACAAUGAGGCGGUCAAAGAUUUUGUGGCGGACUUGCGACGCCUUGCAAAAGACUGCAACUUCGGCAGCUUUCUGGACAGAAUGUUGUGUGACCGGAUAGUCUGCGGUAUCCGGGACGACGAGGCCAGGCGUUUCCUGCUGACGCAAAGAAAGCUGACUCUGCAGGAAGCUGAGGAAUUCGCAAUGUCGUCAGAAACAGCUGACCGGAACGUACGUUCUAUGAAAGAUACGGACUGCAGGAACGAUGCGGGUGACGUGCUCCUUGUCCAAAGGCGACGUAGCAGCGGGCGAAAGAGAGGCAGCGGGCACGACUCGGAAGAACCACGCCAUUCGUGCUGGAGAUGCGGCUCAAGUCACUCGGAACACGAAUGCCAGCAUGUCGGUAAGGUGUGCCGAAAGUGCGGCACUAAAGGACACCUGGCAAGGAUGUGCCAGCGCCGGCGCGGCGGCCGGCAGGCGGGAUCGUACGCGCUCAGCGAGCUGUCUGAGGGAGAGGACAGUAAAGAAGAAAUGCUUUUCGCCCUAUCCGCCCAGAACAACGUUGACCAGGCAAGAAUGCGACCAAUGGAACGGAACUUGGUCUGGGGUGGCAGGACACUGCGGAUGCUGAUCGACACGGGUUCAUCCGUCAGCGUUAUUCCAAAAAACGUCUUCAGGAAUAACCGUAAGUGGUGGCCUAGACUAGAAAAGACGCCACUUCGGUUAUCUUGCUUCCUCGGUCCUCUUCCAGUGGUAGGCAGAGUCGCCAUGAGUGUGGAACACGACAAAACACGAGUGGACAGUUCGCUCGUGGUAGUCGAUUGUGAUGGACCACUACUCUGUGGUAGAGAUACAAUUCAAGCUUUCCGCGAAGCGGGCUUGUCACUCUUGGAAGAAAGGGCUCUACCAAGUGUCUGUGCGCUGCAGGCAGAAGAUGACCUAAAAGAGCUGGUGGAAGAGUUCGCAGACUUGUUUGAAGAUCGACUUGGCUGCUGCAAAGGCCCGCCCGUGAAGCUGUACAAGAAAGAAGGAGCGGUGCCGCGGUUUUUGAAGGCCCGUCCGGUGCCGUUCGCGCUUCGCAAAGCAGUGUCAGCCGAAAUCGACCGCCUCGUUCAGCAAGGCGUCCUGUCGCCGGUGAGCGUUUCCGAAUGGGCUGCUCCUGUCGUACCUGUGGUGAAGAAAAAUGGGGACAUCAGGCUGUGUGGCGAUUUUAAGCUCACCGUGAAUCCGGCUACUCACCUGGAGCAGUACCCUUUGCCUAAAGUGGACGACAUUUUUGCCGCGCUCUACGGUGGAGAAGUAUUCACCACACUGGAUCUGAGAAAUGCCUACAAUCAGCUGCCACUUGAUGAAGAAGCGAAGGAAAUGACUGUCAUUAACACGCACCAGGGCUUGUACUCGUACAACCGACUAGCCUUCGGCAUCUCGUCGGCUCCCGCACUGUUCCAGCGGCGCAUUGAGUCGUUAUUAAGGGACUUACCAAGAGUACGUGUGUACCUGGACGACAUCAUAAUCGCCGAGAAGCAACAGGACACGUCAACACUUCGACAAGUGUUCCAGAGACUUCGCGACAGUGGCCUCCAGCUGAACAAGGCCAAAUGUCGGUUCCGAGAAAGAGAAGUGCAGUUUCUGGGGCACAAGAUUGAUGCAACCGGACUUCAUCCACUGCGCGACAACCUCGAAGCCGUAACAGCUGCACCAAAGCCAGAAUCGGAGGACAGCGCACUUCGGCAAGUCCGGGAAUGGAUCGAGCAGGGCUGGCCAUCGCAUCUUGCGGGGAAGCAGCAACAUCUGCAGCCGUACUUCACACGCCGACACGAACUCGUCGCGAGCCAUGACCUCGUUUACUGGGGUCAUCGUGUGGUCGUGCCGGAGGCAGCCCGGCAGUGCCUACUCAACGAGCUACACGAUACCCACCCAGGUGUUGGCGCCAUGAAGAGGCUCGCUCGUACGCUAUUCUGGUACCCUGGAUUAGACAAAGACAUUGAAAGAUCUACACCCCUCGAGAGUGGCAAAUCGCCAGCACAACUGCUCUUGGGAUUCGAGCCCCGGACAAGGCUGUCCGCCCACUUUCCAGAAGGCGAGGUGCCUGCAGGGGCAGACACCCCAGGCAGCACGCCGCACCACCACUGUUCCCACCCGGAAAGCCCGUCUGGUCCCGCCAUUUUCAACGAGGGCGAAAAUGGCUGCCAGGGACUGUGA